GUGCCAUGUCGUGUAUAUUUUUGUCGUAAUAACAAAAGUCUAAUUGAUUGACUAUCUUUUAAACAAAAUUCGAGUAAAAUUGCACAAGCCACGGUGUGUUGUGGAAAAUUGAGAAAGUGCGUUAAAGGCUGCAACAACAACAAGGCGCAUACAUUAAAAGUGUUAGCGAGCGCCCGUAACUGCGCAAAUGGCACAGCAAACGGCAACGACGACGAUACGACGACGAAUUUGAACAGUAGUAGUAGUGGUAGACGACCGAGAGGACGAGUGGGAGAAGGAGCAGCAGCAGCUGUCAAAAGGAGAAAAAAGACAUCAUAUGCACAUAGUUAGAGACUGGGGCAAGAAUGGAUGAUCUGUCAAACACCGACAUUUGUCGCGUUUGUCGCUGCGAAGCUCAGCACCCAGACCGACCCUUAUUUUAUCCCUGUAUCUGCACUGGGAGCAUUAAAUACAUACACCAAGACUGUCUGAUGCAAUGGAUGCGCUAUUCGCACAAGGAAUACUGCGAGUUGUGCGGCCAUCGUUUCAGCUUUCAGCCCAUCUAUGCCCCUGAUAUGCCACGCGUCUUACCGCUCAAGGAUGUGCUGGUGGGCUUAAUGUCGGCAGUACUGGAGGGCGCGCGCUGUUGGCUGCACUAUUCCCUGGUGGGCAUGGCUUGGUUUGGUGUCGUGCCCUUGUCAGCAUAUCGCACAUACCGCUAUCUAUUUCGCGCCUCCUCCUUUGACAUGAUACUAUCGCUGCCCUUCGAUAUCUUCUCGAUGGAUAAUCUGGCCUCGGAUGCAUUUCGUGGCUGUUUUGUUGUGACUUGUACGCUUCUCUCGUUUAUUGGUUUGGUUUGGCUGCGCGAGCAGAUCCUUCAUGGCGGGGGACCGGAUUGGUUGGAACGCGAUGAGGCGCCAGUAGCUGCAGCAGCAGCUCCAGCAGCCGCCCCCGCCGCCGCUGGCAUUGCGGCAGCAGCUGGACCAGAUGGUGAGGCUAAUGCAGCUCCGCCGCGCGCCAAUGAUGAUAACAACAAUGAUGGGGCGCCACGAGAUGUGCCAAUGAAUAAUGCGGCGCCAGCUGUAGCCAAUCCUGCGGACAAUGAAGGCGAUCAACCACUGGAUCAGGCUGGAGGUGCAGCAGCUCCUGCUGCUGCACCUCCAGCUGGGGAUGUACCCGAUAAUGAUGAACAGAAUUGGAAUCCGAUGGAAUGGGAUCGUGCAAACGAGGAGCUAACUUGGGAGCGUCUGCUGGGCCUCGAUGGGUCACUGGUGUUUCUUGAACAUGUCUUCUGGAUCAUCUCGUUAAAUACCAUGUUCAUUUUUACCUUUGCGUUUUGUCCCUACUGUGUAGGAAACUUCAUAUUGAGCUCAAUGGAUUUGCUUCAGCCGGAGAAGCCUUUGCUCCAUUUUCAUGGCUUAAUAACAACACUUUUUGGAUACUGCUGCAUUGGGCUAACCCUGGUAGUUCUACAUUUCUUCUCUCGAAUCUUUAGACUGCGUCGCAUCUGCUGGUUCAUUGGUCUCUGCUACAUUGUGGUGAAGGUGUCAUUGCUGUCUGUAGUGGAGAUUGGCGUGCUACCGCUCAUAUGUGGUUGGUGGUUGGACAUUUGCUCAUUGCCUCUACUCGAUGCCAGUCUCAAGGACCGCAAGGCCAGCUUUAAGGCUGCACCGGGAACGUCCCUAUUUGUUCACUGGAUGUUUGGUAUGGUAUAUGUAUAUUACUUUGCCGCUUUCAUUUCGCUGCUGCGCGAGGUUCUACGUCCCGGUGUACUUUGGAUCUUCCGCAAUGUCAACGAUCCGGAUUUCAGUCCCAUCCAGGAAAUGAUCCAUGUGCCAAUUGUGCGACAUGUACGCCGUCUGGUUGCCUCCGCCAUGAUCUUUGGCUUUGCUGUACUGCUAAUGCUUUGGUUGCCUAUUCGAAUUCUUCAAGUGAUCUGGCCGAAUUUCUUGCCCUAUGCCUUGAGUGGGGAUUCGGAAGUGAAUGAUUUGAGUCUGCAGCUCUUGCUAUUACAGAUUGUGCUGCCUGGCUUUUUUGAGCAAACGCAGACGCGCAUUUGGCUCAAAGGAUUGUUGCGUAUUUGGUGUGUGGCUGUGUCCUGGUUGUUGGGCAUUCGUAGCUAUCUGUUACCCGCACCUGAACCACAAGAAGCUACCGCCGCUGCUGCAGAUGCUAAUGCCGCCGCUGGUAACGAUGUUCCUCAGGGUCAGGCAGCGGCAGCCGCUCCUCCUGCACCACCGCCAGCACCAGAGCAACCGGCACCACGAAAUUUGGCCGCUGCCCAUCAGGCCAUCAUGCAGCGAGACGUGCCAGUUGGCUUCCAGCCGUACACGCGUCCAACAUUCUUCGUUCUGCGUUUGUGUGCCCUUUUGCUGAUCAUGUGUGUUUCGAUUGUUUUUGCGGCGAUCUUGACAUUGACGGUCCCCGUUUAUAUUGGUCGCCGCCUAAUGAUGAUGUGGACAGGCCAUGGGAAUUUGGCCGGACAACCGCUGCAGGAGGUGGCGCUGCCUGAGGUCGUUGGUAAGGCGGUGGCACAAGCGGAUGGAGUGGAUGUGGAUGCUGCUGUCGCUAGGAAGAACGAGCGUCUGUUGCGCGCCCAUGAACUCUACACUGCAGAACUCGGUGGCUAUCUGUGCUGGAUCGUGCUGCGUGGCAUUGCUGUGGUCGUCACAUUGCUGCCACAGGGUCGAGCCGCCAUCGUAAACAAGAUGAAGCAUUGGGCGCGAGUUGCCACACAAUAUGCGCUGCCCGUCAUCACCUUCGUGGGCUUGUUUUUGAUUGUGCCCCUACUUUUUGGACUGCUCUUGGAGCUGGUUGUGAUCAUACCGCUGCGAGUGCCGCUAAAACAAACGCCUAUUCAUUUCCUGUGGCAGGAUUGGGCGCUGGGCGUGCUCUACACGAAAAUUGCAAUUGCUCUGACACUCAUGGGUCCUGAUUGGCAUUUGAAGCGAGCGCUGGAACGGGCUUAUACGGAUGGAUUGCGCGACUUUAAUUUGGCGUUUGUCAUUCGCGAUCUGGCCGUGCCGCUGAUCACUUCGUUUGGACUGGCUCUCGCCGUUCCCUAUGUGCUGGGUCAUUCAGUGAUGCCGAUCUUCUUCGCCGACCCCUUGACGCGGUUCCUGAUCUCGCGUGUUGUGUAUCCGGUCUUCUUUGCUGCCAUGGGCAGCAUUAUAUUUGUUCUAGUGCAGAUUAAGCAGCUGAAGAAACUAUAUCUCUCCAUCAAAGUGGACAAAUACUUGGUCGGCCAACGGCUUGUCAACUAUGAGCAUCGGAAGAAGAAGCAGAAGCUACAGCAGGAGGGCGAGGGGGAGCCAAUCGUACAACUGUCGGCUGAGGAAUUUGAGGCAGCCAUUGCGGCGGCGAUGGCAAAUCGAGAUCGUCGUCUGGCAGCGGAUAAUCGUGCUCAAGCGGCGGCAGAGCCACCCGUGCCGCCAGUAGCGCUGGACAAUGCCGAGCAGGCAGCUUUACAUGCAAGACGCCGGCGCGAGGAGCUGCAGCGACCACUGCUCGUGGAUGCCAACGACGAGCUUCUCUAGUGGCAUCUGUUCAUGCUAUUUUUGUUUGUUUUAGAGUUUCUUAUAAUAUGGGUAAUAUAUCUUUGUUGCUUCAACAUACCAUACGAAGCCGAGCAGGUCUUUUAACUGCCCCAUCCAGCAGUCUGUCCCGUGCCACUGCACUGAUUCCCCAUCGGGCUGGCUGCUGCCGCUUCUCCAUGGGUGCGCACGAUAAGGAUGCCAAGUUAAAAAGUGCAUCCUUUACUUGCUUUAGUUCUUUUAAUAUUCUAUUAGCCACAAUUAUUGUUGAUACUUUGCUAUAGACCCUAAGCUGUAUGUACUUUACGCACUAAAAGUUAAGCCACAAGCACUCAGACAUACACACACACACACACACACCCAUACACACAAACACACACACACAUACACACUUCCACAGCACAGAAUUAAAUAUUUGUAGCAACGCGCGUAAGUCGAACUUUGACAUAAUUUGUAAAAAGGUUAUUUUAAAUAUUUGUAAAUUAUAGCUGUCUUGAAUUGAAAGUAGGCCGCCAACAGCAGAUAGAAUUGUGGCACAUAUAUAAUAUAAUAAUAACACUUAUAAUAAUACAAAUAAACAUAAUACACAUUUAAUAAUUACUAAAGCUAUUGAAACCAUACCUUAUGUUAGUUGCGUGUAAUCGUAUUGGACACAUGGAACUCUCGUUUGCAACAAUAUUAAAAAAAAAGUAUAAAAAUAAACAAAAAACGUGGUAAAAUGGUGAAAAGUUUGAGGUAGCUUUACGAACUGUAAAAACAACACAUACAUAUAUUAUAUAAACUUAAUUAAUAAAUUUAACUUUAAACUUC